AGGAAGCCAGCCUCAGUUCCAGCACCCUCCCUGGUCUUCAGACCCCAGAAGUCAGUUGGCAAUUGGUUUUUCUUCUCUCCACAGGUUAGUACUGGCCCCAAGCCAUUCUUUACCUCAAAAGGAUGAGAGUGGCAGGUCUGAUUCGUGCCGUGGCCCUCAUCUUCACCCUGGUUGCCAUGUGGGUCUUCUACCGCAGCUACGUCAGCUUCGGCAGGAAAACCAUCCGCCUGCCACGCUGGCUGGGCAUGUCCUCCAAGGAGACCCGGCUCCCAAAGACCAAGUGUGGCCUCAGCAAGUCCUGCCUAGACAACUUCUUCGCAUUUAAAAUCAGCAGUGGGGCUGCCAAUGUUGUGGGCCCCUCCAUGUGCUUUGAAAAUGAAAUCAUCAUGAGUCCCGUGAGGAACAACGUGGGCAGAGGCCUGAACAUCGCUGUAGUGAACGGAUCUACAGGACAUCUGCUGAGAAAGGGCAGCUUCGACAUGUACUCCGGAGACCCCGAACGCCUGAUGAGCUUUCUUGCAGAAAUUCCAGAUGGCACACUGGUGUUGGUGGCCUCCUAUGAUGACCCAGGGACCAAAAUGAAUGACAAAAUCAGGACGCUCUUCACCAACCUGGGGAGUUCCUACGCAAAGCAGCUGGGCUUCCGGGACAGCUGGGUCUUCGUAGGUGCUAAAGACCUCAAGUAUAAGAGCCCCUUCGAGCAGUUCUUAAAGAACAACCCACAAACAAACAAAUAUGAAGGAUGGCCGGAGUUACUAGAGCUGGAGGGUUGUGUUCCCCGGAAGAUAUUUUAGGAUGCCUGUGGCCCUUCCGGCCCAGGGAGCUGAAGAAACGCCCAACUGACUUGAAAGAAGAACCCAGAAUGGCUGGGUCUGUGCUGACAGGAGCUGACUGGCAGGAAAGAGUAGAGAAGUCAUGUGGGAUGGGCUGAUUGUUCCUGCACAACUCGCUUCCCCUCUGAGGAAGCAGUGACCUCCCACUGCCCCACAAUGGCCAGCUUGGGCAUGGGCAGCCAUGGGGCCUGUGAAACGGCUGCGGUGGAAAGAGCAAGUGAGACCUACCAAGACGGCCCAUGGUUGUCUCCAGAAGGACUGGCUGCCUACACUUGAGCAGGAUUAAAUUCUAUUUUUGCUGAUAUUUUCACUCUCCGACUUCUCACACGGCGGUGCUUCCUCCUGGGAUUGUUCUGGUCU